AUGAUUUCUUUUGUGGUUGGAAAAGCAGGUAACUCUCCCUCUGAGGAGUCUGAGGAGCGGGAUAAGGAGCCCCGGACUCUCACCUAUCCUGCGUACAUAGCCAGUCUGCUGGACACUGGGGCGAAGCGCAUGGCGGCGGGAGUGCGUAUGGACUGCACCAGCCAGGGUCAGUGCCCACGCGCCUGUCACCUGUGCCACAUGAGCCCCAGAGCAGCUCAGGGCCGGCAGCCGUCUGAACCCGUCCUACUGCAGAUCACCAAGGCAGCACCCAUCUACGAACUGGUGUCCAACAACGAGACAUAUCAGGCUCUUCAGGAGGCCAUGAUGAGCAUGCUGUGGUGCUCGGGGAAGGGAGACGUUAUCGAUGACUGGUGCCGCUGCGACUCCAGCUCUUUUGGCUCAGACGGACUGCCCACCUGCGCCCCACUUCCUCAGCCCAGGCUGAAGCUGUCUUACACGUAUGAGCCGAGCAGUUCAUUGGUCAUCAUGGAGUGGACCCACAGCGAACCCCCGGUCGGAGUGCGCAUCGCAGAUUACCUCAUCAGCCAGGAAAAGGUGUCCGAGAGAAGUGACCACUCCAAGGUUGAGACAGGGUUUUGGAGAAGACUGCGAGGAGAAGGUACACGCUGA